AUGACGUAUCAACAAGUUCACUAUAAAGGCAUAACAAAAAAUAUUUCAGUUUGCGUAAUUGAUAAUCAAGAAUUUGUUUUGUUACAAGAUGUACAUGAUAUAUUUCCGAAAAUAACUGUUCUGUUAUCAACUGAUGAUGAUCCAAUUCCAUAUGAAAAGGACGACAAUGGCAAUCGAUUAUUGCCAUUAAGAGUAAAAGCUUAUUUAAACGAUAUACUCGUCGGAUAUUCACCAGAUGAUAGUGAUACAAGUGAUAAUAGCCAAGGAACAACAGGAACGAAAACAAUGACAACAGUAACAAACGCGAAGGAAACUUUGCUUUCCAUAAUGACAAAAUUAUUUUCUUUUCUUUUAAUGAUCGUUUUAUUAUUAGUCCAAUUGAAAAGUAAGUUUUUUUCUUCAAAUACAGAGCCUUCGCUAGAUGAAACGGCUUUGCUAGCGGAAACGGUUACGUCAGACGAAAUUGUCGAAAAAAAAAAUAAUAUCACGAAUGAGGAUAUUGAUGAAUUGAAAAAAAUGAAUGUAGAAUUUGUUGAGAUAAGUAUGUGCUUGAACGUUACACGACCAUUGAUAUUACAGGAAAUGGAAUCAUUUUCUAAUGUUCUUGGAAAAGGAUACGACAAUGUUACAGGAGUAACGUUUGAGAGUUCUAUUGGAGAUAAUAAGGAAGCAACAAAAAUAUUUACAGAAAAUUUAAAAGUUAACAGUAAAGUAGACGACAUAAUAUUUAAUGGUCCGUUGAGAGACGAUGAAAUUGAAUCUGUAACUGAUGCGUUGAAAGAAAAUGAGAAAUGGGUAAAACGGUUACAAUUAACCUCGACGCCUUUAAAGGAUGGUUUCUUAGGUGAAAACAAAAUAUCUGCCACAGGUGCAAAAGCUUUUGCAAGUGUCUUUCAGAUACAUGAAAAACUCGAACAAGUCAAUCUUUCAGUGAAUGAGAUAUCGAAUGAGGGAGCAGAAUAUAUUGCACAAGCAUUAAGAUUGAACGAACAUGUAACUUCACUUGAUCUGUCUAAAAACAAAAUAUCCGAUGAUGGAGCCAUAGCCAUUGCGGAAGCAUUAAAAAUAAAUAAGUCUCUAACCUUUCUUGAUUUACACGGUAAUCAAAUAGGCGAUCGAAGUGCAAAGGCUAUCGGUGAAAUGCUUUCUCAAAAUACGACGUUAGAAUAUUUUCAUCUUGAUCGUAAUAAAAUAUCAGAUAUUGGAGGAAAACAUAUUGAAAAAGGUUUAUGUGAAAAUAAAAAAUUAGCAAUGUUUUGGCUUAGUGAUAAUCAAAUAUCGGAUAGUGUUUAUAAUCAAAUGAAAAUAAAAGUAUCUGAAUUUAAUCAGUCAGUGUCGUGGUGA